AUGGAUGAAGAGUAUGAUGUAAUCGUCCUCGGCACUGGCCUCAAGGAGUGCAUUCUCAGCGGUCUGCUCUCCGUCGAUGGCCUCAAAGUGUUGCAUAUGGAUCGCAAUGACUACUAUGGAGGAGGUUCUACGUCUCUUAAUCUUACGCAGCUGUUCAAGCGAUAUAGGGGAGAUGACAAGCCACCAGAGGGUUUGGGCUCAAGCAGAGAAUACAAUGUUGACAUGAUACCUAAGUUUAUGAUGGCCAAUGGAGCUUUGGUUCGUGUGCUCAUCCACACAGAUGUUACAAAGUAUUUGAAUUUUAAAGCUGUAGAUGGAAGCUUUGUUUAUAAUAAGGGAAAGAUUUACAAAGUCCCAGCAACAGAUGUUGAAGCACUGAAGUCACCUUUGAUGGGUCUGUUUGAGAAGCGCCGAGCUCGCAAGUUCUUUAUUUAUGUCCAAGACUAUGAAGCAAACGAUCCCAAAUCUCACGAAGGACUUGAUUUGAACCAAGUUACAGCAAGGCAGCUGAUUUCGAAAUAUGGAUUGGAAGAUGAUACAAUUGACUUUAUUGGUCAUGCUCUGGCACUUCAUCUUGAUGACAGUUACUUGGAUAAGCCAGCCAAGGAUUUUGUCGACAGAGUUAAGGUUUAUGCAGAAUCCCUCGCGCGCUUUCAAGGAGGUUCACCUUACAUAUAUCCACUAUAUGGACUUGGAGAGUUGCCUCAGGCAUUUGCACGUUUGAGUGCUGUGUAUGGUGGAACCUACAUGCUGAACAAGCCAGAAUGCAAGGUUGAGUUCGACGAUGCUGGAAAAGCCAUCGGCGUGACUUCAGAAGGAGAAACAGCAAAAUGCAAGAAAGUCGUGUGUGAUCCAUCUUAUCUGUCUGAUAAGGUUCAGAAUGUUGGAAAAGUUGCGCGUGCCGUAUGUAUUAUGAGCCAUCCUAUUCCAGACACUAAUGAUUCUCACUCAGCACAAGUCAUUCUGCCACAGAAGCAACUUGGUCGUAAAUCGGACAUGUAUCUUUUCUGCUGCUCUUAUGCUCACAAUGUUGCUCCAAAAGGAAAAUAUAUUGCUUUUGUUACAACAGAAGCAGAAACUGACCAACCUCAGGUUGAAUUGAAGCCUGGAAUUGAUCUUCUUGGACCAGUAGAUGAGAUUUUCUAUGACAUCUAUGACAGAUAUGAACCCACCAAUGAUCAUGCUACUGAUGGUUGCUUCAUCUCUACAAGCUAUGAUGCUACCACACACUUUGAAACCACUGUAAAAGAUGUGGUUGAGAUGUACAGUAAGAUCACUGGAAAGGUUCUUGAUCUUUCUGUUGAUUUGAGUGCUGCAAGUGCCGCAGCUGAAGAAUAA